AUGGUCAAAGAAAGCCAGAUCAGAAACCCCGGGGACGAUCAACCCGGUGACAAGGAUAAAGAACCCGUCGUCGACGAAUCUGACACCAACUUGGCUGACUCAUACGGAAGUGGCAGCAAUCCGCGGCAGGCGCCCAACGUGACUGGUGAAAAUAAAACUGAAAACGAGCCGCGACCGCGGCCUGCAGCUAACUAG